AUGAAGGCCGCUCUUUCUCUUGCGCUUAUUAGCGCACUGUCUGCCUCGGCCACGAAAUCGAUUUCCGACAUCAAACGUGUAACCAACUUAGCCACUGUCCCUAACAAGUUCAUCGUAGAGGUCUCCGCUCCCGCUGCUCUCGCCAGCAAACGUGAACUCGGCACGCCUCAUGAGCAACUCUAUCGCUCUCUGAAGGCGCGCAAAAUUUCGUUCGACGUUGAAAAUGAAUACGACUCCCCCGGACUCUUUGUCGGCGCUGCUCUCACUCUCGCUGAUACCCAGGCUGUUUCCAAAAUUUUGGAGACCGAGGGAGUUGUCGCUAUCCGCCCCAUCCGCACUUACGCUCGCCCCAAGCCUGUGCUGAUCAAGGCCGGCAUUUCGCCCAAAGAUGCAGGGCUUCCUGAUGCGGAGUCGACCCAUGUCAUGACUGGAGUCGACAAGCUUCAUGCAAAGGGCAUCACAGGCAAGGGUGUCAAAAUUGGCAUCAUCGACAGUGGUAUCGACUACUCCCAUCCGUCGCUUGGAGGCAAAUUCGGCUCCGGAAACAAGAUCGCUGGUGGAUUUGAUUUCGUCGGCGACGGGUAUACUGGUGGGAAUGCCCCUACUCCCGAUGAGGACCCCAUGGAUUGCGGUGGACAUGGUACCCAUGUUGCUGGUAUCGUUGGAGCGAACCCCGGCAAUGAAUUCAACAUCAGCGGUGUUGCGCCCGACGCAACCAUCUUCGGCUAUCGUAUCUUUGGAUGUGAAGGUUCAACCAACGACGAUGUCAUUGUCGAUGCACUCCUUCGCGGGGUCAAGGAUGGCAUGAACAUUCUUACGCUGAGUCUUGGUGGCAGUGACGGCUGGACGGAAGGCACUGGCUCUGUUGUGUCCUCCAGAAUCGCUGCUACUGGCAGAAUUGUCACCAUCGCCGCCGGCAACGAGGGUGCCUCUGGUUCAUGGUACACGGCUAGUCCUGGCAAUGGAAUCGACGUCAUUUCGGUGGCCUCGGUAGACAACGUUGUUAUUCCACUUCAAACCAUUCAAGUCACUGGUGUUACCCACGCCCCCAUCGUUUAUUACGCGACUUUCCCUCUCCCCGUCAACGGCACGCUUCCUCUGUAUGCCACCUCCAAAACGUCGGAUGUCGCAGACGAUGCAUGCAACUCCAACCCACUUCCCGCUGACACCCCAGACCUGAGCGGCUUCGUCGUUCUUGUCCGCCGUGGUACCUGUAACUUCACCGAGAAACUCGCCAACGUUGCUGCUCAUGGUGCCAAGGUCGUCCUGAUCUACGACAAUGGUCGAGGCUUUGCUGGAAUCUCUGUCGGAGACUACACUGCCGUGUUAAUCCAGACUGAAGAUGGAAACUUCCUUGCUGAACAGCUGGCAUCUGGAGCAAAGAUUUCUGUCUCGUUCCCUCAAACCGGUGGAACCGUUAACUUUGAUGACCCCAAGGGUGGAUUGGUCUCUGAUUUCUCCACCUUCGGACCAACGAACGACAUGUACUUCAAGCCCGCUCUUGCUGCCCCUGGUGGAAACAUCAUGUCGACCUACCCCCUUGCUAAGGGCAAAUGGGCACUGCUUUCCGGAACUUCGAUGGCCACGCCUUUCGUUGCUGGAAGCUCUGCUCUGCUUCUGCAGUUCAAAGGCAAGAAUGCUGCUGUUGGGCGCAGCGCUCGCACUCUCUUCCAGUCGACUGCUGCCACGGUCUCUUCAAGCAAGACUGACAACGAUCCCCUGCAACCUGCCUCCCAGCAAGGCGCUGGCUUGAUCCAAGUCUACGACGCUCUCUAUGCAACCACAACCCUCUCCAAGGGUGAGCUGCUGCUCAACGACACGGCUCAUUUCGCUGGCAAGCAGAAAUUCACCGUCACCAACAAUGGCAAGAAGGCCAAAUCGUACUCCCUCAAGCACGUUGCUGCCGCCACUGCUUUGACUCUAGAUAAGAACUCCUUCCCCGCUCUCUAUCCCGUGCCUGUGUCUGCCAACGUUGCCCAAGUCUCGUUCAAUGCAGACAAGUUCAAGCUGCAACCUGGCCAAUCGCAUGAGGUUGCAGUCACGGUUAAGGCUCCCACUGGUGAUGAAGCUGCUUCCUUGCCUGUCUACUCCGGGUACAUCUAUGUCAGCAGCGCCAACGAGAUUGUGCACACGUCGUACCUCGGUGUUGCCGCUGCUCUUAAGAACACCAAGGUCGUUGACAACACUGAUAUUUUCUUCGGCGUUCAACUCCCUACCAUCCUCGACUCGACGGGUAACCCCCAGAAAGGGGCUGUCAACUACACCUUUGUUGGCGACAACGCUCCUACGCUUCUCUGGCGUCAACUCUUCGGUACCCCCGCUCUGCGUUUUGAUCUUGUCGAUGCUGCGACCAAGUUCACCCCGACGCUAAAGACCCGUGCCAAAGAUUCGCAUGUGAUCUCCUUCACGCAGAAGCACAACGGUGGAACGUUCGCCAAGGUCCCCAUCCUUGGUCCAUUGCUUGAGCUCCAAUACCUCUCUCGCAAUGACGAGCAGCAGGAAACUGCUCAGUACACUGUUGCCUUGACCAACACCUUCGCUAACGGGACUGUCAUCCCCAAUGGCACGUACAAGGUCCUCCUUCGUGCCCUCAAGGUCACUGGCAACCCCACCAACGAGGAUGACUGGGAGAGCUGGUUGUCGCCGAUUUUCGGCAUCGCUGCGUGA